GAAACUGCAAUCAAAUAUAUGACUGAUGGAUGUUUACUGAAACAUAUUUUGGGAGAUCCAAAUCUUACCAAGUUCAGUGUCAUCAUUUUAGAUGAAGCCCAUGAGAGGACUCUAACUACAGACAUCUUAUUUGGUUUAUUGAAGAAGUUAUUUCAGGAGAAGUCUCCUAAUAGGAAGGAACAUUUGAAAGUUGUGGUGAUGUCAGCAACUAUGGAAUUAGCCAAGCUCUCUACAUUCUUUGGAAAUUGUCCAAUAUUUGAUAUACCUGGAAGGCUUUAUCCAGUCAGAGAAAAGUUCUGCAAUUUGAUUGGCCCACGAGACAGAGAAAAUACUGCAUAUAUUCAAGCGAUUGUUAAAGUGACCAUGGAUAUCCAUUUGAAUGAAAUGGCUGGAGACAUCUUGGUUUUUCUGACUGGUCAGUUUGAAAUUGAAAAAAGUUGUGAGUUACUUUUUCAGAUGGCAGAGUCUGUUGAUUAUGAUUAUGAUGUUCAAGAUACAACUCUGGAUGGUUUGUUAAUAUUGCCAUGUUAUGGAUCUAUGACAACAGGUAAUUCCUCACUAGAAUAGAAAAUUUGACUAAUUUUUUAAAAAAAAUAUUGAAUAAUUACAUACGUACAGAGUAGUAUACAGAUCCUAAGCGUUUAGGUCAGUUAAUUUUACGAACAACUCAUUUUAUAACCAACACCCAGGUCAUGAAAUAGAACUUUAAGGGAACCAGCAUUCCUUGAGAGAAGUGAUUUUUUUCUCAAAGUCUUUUCAUACUCACUUUUUCAGGAGCCUUGGACCACCCCCCCCACCUUGAUAUUGUUUAAGAGUGGGCUGUGUCCUCUCCCAGCAGAACAAAAAUAUUGUUGGUAAUUUUUUGAAAUUAGGACUAUAAUUUCUUGAUAGUAGUACCAUAAAUCAAACCUAAUUUAGUAUUGCCAAAGAAUUUCUAGAGAUCAUAUACAUCCAGGUACAUCUGAGACUAAACAUAGUGGGUUGUUUUCUUUUGAAGUAGCACACAGUCUGCUUUUCAAGAAUGAUGCUGUUCUUUUGUAAUUUCCAAGAGCAAAUGCAAACUCUUAUUCUGUUAUUUGUUCAUAAUAAAUAUUGUUGAAUUAGGUUUAGAAUUUGUUUAGUAAAACUACUUUAUUAUGGAAUUUGAUAUGUAAAAAAGGGAAGCUAUUUAGAGUUUGAUUGUGAUUAGCAUUAAAUAUGUAAAAAACAUUUGAAUGUUUUUAUAUAUAUAUUUUUUAUGUUUUUAUAUUUUAUAUGUAUUUUUGUUUUUGUUCAGUAGGUGGUUCUUAAUCUUAUGUUAACAAAAAAAGUUAGGAAUAUGUUUUGGUAAAUAACCAUAGACCAUGUGCUAUUUUAGAAAUCUCUUUUGUGAUGGUGGCCCUUGCCCUCCAUAUGGAAAUCUGUUUUUAGGUUUUUGUAUCUUUAAGGGAAUUCUUAGGGUCUUUAUUAGAUAUUUAAGGUUUUCAUUGUUUUCUGGAGAUUUGAUCCGCUGGCUCCUUUAAAUUUAUUUUGUUUACUGCUGAGGUAAUUCAAAACUCAUUAGAGUUGCUUUGUUAUUAACCAUUAACAAUAUAAAUUUUUUUUCUAUAUAAGUAAUUUCAUUCUUUCCUUUGUUACUGUCACAUUGAAAAUAGCAUGCUGAGUCUGCUAUUGCAUCUUGUUUAAUGGCCUGAAAUACAGUUUUUAUACUAUUAAAGGUU